GUCUUAGCCUUUUUAUAAAUGUGUAAUUAAGCUUAAUUAACUGUAUUAUCUAAUGAAUAUUUAUACAGAUUAUUCUCAAAAAUGUCCGGAUUGCCACAAAUGUUUUUAUUCUGCUACAUCAUUAUUAGUACAUUUUUUUAGUCAUGUCGGAGAAGAAAAAUUGGUUGAAACCGAUAAUAAUGAUAAUAGUUCAACUUCUAAAAAAAAACCUAUAGAAACUAGCAAUUUUGGAUCUUCUAAGCCAUUAAAUUUGACAGUGGGUGAAACUCUGAAUCCUUGGAAAUAUUGUUUGGCCACAUAUGAAGAGGAUAACGAUAACCCAGUUAAAUCGUUUAAAAAAGUAACAAAAAAAAAUAAAGAAAAAGACAAGAAUUUUGAAUGUAGUUUGUGUAGUAAAAAAUUUGGGUGGACAACUGAUCUUAAAAGGCAUUUACUCAUUCAUACAGGAGAAAGACCCUUUAAAUGUAACUCAUGCCAAGCUGCAUUUACUAGAAAUUUUUUACUCCAAAAACAUUUUGCUCGAGCUCAUAAAAAGAUAUCUGAAGAUGAAUCAAAAAAGUUGGAGAAUCAUGUACACGCCAAUGUUACUGAAAUUAAAUUAAAAAUGAAAGAACUAGAGUGCCAAAGGGAACAUAGUAAGUCUGUUUCAGAUAAUGAUAGUUAAUACAAUUAAUUAUUGUAUGUAAAAUUUAAAACCAUAAAACUAUUUAAUUUUUAAUAAUAAUUGUUACCAAGGAACUUAAAAUGUGUACAAAAUUUAAAUUUGAGAUAUAUUUUUAUUUAAUUGGUAUCAUAAUAUUUUUUUGAUUUGUUUUUUUAUUGACAAGUAGUAAAGUAAUACUAAAACUGUGCGUACUUUAAUCAAAAGUACAUAGUAAUUUAGUUAUUUUUAAAAUGAAAAAUCUCCAUAUUUAUUUUAAAUUCAAGUAAAUAAUAUUGAAGCUAGUAAUACCUAAUAUUACAUUCAGAGCCGUGCCGUUAAGAUUUGGCGGCCAGAGAAAAAUUAAAAAUAAUCGCUCUCUUUUUUAUUUAUCAUUAUGCAUUUUAUUCUUACUUAAUUGAUUUUUUUUUUUUACAACAUAUUUUGAACAUUUAUUUGACAAAAAACUAAAACUGAU